AUGCCAUCGAAAUCUGGGGCGACCAAGGGUUUCGCGCCGCAGAUGGUGAUGGAUCCGGAGGAGGUCAUAGUGGAGGAUGUGACUAAGGAUGAGAAUCUGGGGGUGGCCGUAAAGAGGUUGGCUGCUAUCCAGGUGCAGAAGCGGGCGGUACGAAAGGCUGAAAUGGAUAAGCUGUGGCAGGCGAUGAACAAGAUGAUGAAGGUCCUCGAGGAAGCGCAUGGGAAGCCGCUAGACGAAGGUUGUGAGUAA